AUGAGAAUCUUCUCCCGCCAACAACGCCAAGGUCUUCUCAUCCCUGCACUUGCUGCUGUGGUAGUGAGCACGAAUGCAGCAUCGGAUGGGAACCCACUGGCAACUUCGGAUCAGCAGACACUCGAUGCUUUUUCAAUCAAGAUCAGCCAGGAUCACAAGUUCACCCUGUUGAAUGCAGAGGCUAAAGCCGCGUACAAGACAGCCCACGGCCUUCCCAUCAGUGAUGAGGCCUCGUCAAGUAUCGAUGCAGCCAUUGACGAGUUGGCAUUUAGCGCCAUUCAAAAGGCCGUCAAUACCGACACCUACUUCCCUAAGGUCUACUGGCUUGAUGCCGGUCCACGGGAUUGGUUUGGACUUGAUGUGCCGGGCGGACGAUAUUCGUACGACAACCCGGACUGCAUCUAUCGAACUAUCCCCAUCGACAGCAGCCUCAGUUAUAUCAUCACUGGCUAUCGACACACGCCUGGACCAGCCGAUGUAACUUUCUCGCUGAUCAGCGAUCCAAACUCCCAAAACACCGUUGCGCAUCUGUCGGGCAGUGAUUUGGUGAUUGAUGCUGAUGGCUCAUUUACCAUCACAGUCAAUAGCACCUCAGCAGACAACCAAACAAAUCAUAUCCAGUCAACUUCGUCAGCCGUACAACUUCUCAUUCGAAAUAACCUCGGAAACUGGGGAACACAGAAGCCCGACAAUCUGACCGUAGAGCUUGUUGACGAUAACUCGAGUCAAUCCGCUCUCACCGAAGCCGAGAUCAUUCUCACCGCGAUAUGGAACUUGCAAGAAUCCAUCGUGGACUACGGCGUGGGCGCUUUGGGGAUCAAAACCUCUUUAAACAAGGUCAACACCCUCUCGACGCCGAGUCAAUCGAGUACCCUUGGUACAUUGACUACUCAAGCAAGCUCCUUUGGCCACUUCAAUCUAACCGAUGAUGAGGCCCUUGUUGCGACUGUCACACAGGGUGAUGCGGAUUACUUUGUUUUCCCAUUGACGAACCCGUGGAUGAUUACGACCGAUCCGGGCAGCCAAAUCAGUUUGAACAAUGAGCAAGCAGUCGCAAAUUCCAACGGUACUUACACUUUUGUGAUUUCCGUAGAGGAUCCGGGAGUCUAUAACUGGCUGAACACGACUGGUCUCCACGAGGGUACGAUUAUGGUUCGCUGGCAAGGCCUGCCGACUUCUUCCUCUUCGUCUACCUCGGUUGCUGUUGAUGUUCAAGUUGUUGCUCUUUCCGAUCUUGCCUCUGUUCUUCCAAGCGAGACACGAUAUGUGACCGCGGAAGAGCGUAAGUCGCGCCUUGCUCAGCGUAUUGCGGCAUUUUCCCAGCGAACGGAGGUCUAA